CUUUGUGCGAGUUGGUGGGGAGCGGUGGUGCAGCGGUUAGCGCGCCGCGCGGACCAAACCCGGCGAGCCCUAAGUUCGAUUCCCGAUCACGGUGGCUCCCCUAGGUCGACUCAGCCUCAAAUGAGUACCCGGUGCGGUGUGUAGUAACUGGGGGAGAGACAAAGGCGGCCGGGCGUGGUGCUGGCUACCCCCUCGUGUAACCACAGCGCUCGGUCUUCACAGCGCUGGCGUGUCUACGCGCCGUGGGAAUGGAGCGCUUCACUCGCAGGACCCUCAAGGCGUGCACAAGGAAGUCGCGGGAGCUCCGCCGGGCGUACGGUUACGGCGUGCUCGCGCUCCGCUCCCUGGUGUACAACUCCGCCGUCGGGGAGGACUACGUGUUGGAACUCUUGUUCCAGCCGGUGUACUGCGUGGUGGACGCUGUGGUACCCUGGUUCGGCAAGGCGCUGGUGGUGACGGUGGCCCUGCUGACGCUCUCCGUGGUGCUGAGCAUGUAUGGCAUCGUGUACCCCUCCGUGCUCCCGCGGGCGAGCCCCUGGGGCGCCGCGCUGCACCUGGGCUACGGGCACUGGAACCUGGCGCUCAUCUCGUUCCAUUACUACAAGGCCGUGUCCACGGACCCGGGGCAGCCCACGCAGGGGUCCUACGAUCGGGUCGAGGCGUCCGUGUGCAAGAAGUGCCUGCGAUAUCGACCUCCGAGAGCUCACCACUGUCGCGUCUGCUGCAGGUGCGUGCUGAAGAUGGAUCACCACUGCUACUGGAUGGACAACUGCGUGGGCCACUUCAACCACCGCUACUUCCUCAGCUUCUGUGUCUCCAUGACGUUGGGCUGCGUCUACUGCAGCGCGACCACCUGGGACCUGGUCACUCUCAGCGGUGACCCCGUGCCGGCAAGUCAGGCGGACGCCUCCGACCUCCCGGACGCCGCCGCCCUCCCGCGCUUGGACCCCUUCCGUCGCAACUUCCUCGUCUACGUCUGGGUCAUGUGCAGCGGGGUGAGCGUGAUCCUGGGCGCGCUCACGCUGUGGCACGCGCGACUCGUGACGCGCGGGGAAACGAGCGUGGAGCGGCGUCUCAACGAGAGGACGCGCGCGCACGCCAACGCUCGCGGGCAGGUGUACAGGAACCCGUACGAUCACGGCCCACUUGGAAACUGGAAGCGGUUUUUGGGAGUCGGGCACAAAAGGCACUGGGCCACGCGAGUCCUGCUGCCGUCCGCGCACCUUCCCGCGGGCGACGGAGCGUUGUGGAACGCGUGAUGUGUCCGCUCACAACCCAUUUCUUCUCUCCAUCCGGUCGCUUCAACGUCAGCGUCCCCGCAACAAACGGCAGCUUUUCAACCCGGAGCGAUCGCCGAUUAGUCAACACCAAGCUGGAAACGCAACGGCCCUUGCCUAAGGCCGUUGUGUGAAACGUGCGAGUUGGCGGCCUUGCCAAAUUGCGUUUGAAGUGUAGCUUUACUGCUGUUAUUCGUGGGUACUUGUUUUAGUUCCAACCUGACCAAGCCGAGAGUGCGAAACGUCGGACAUCGUGCUAAACAGCAGAGGCGGUACAACCCAGAAUCACGCAUCCUAUGCAGUUGGAGAUUAAAAUUAUAUUUUGUUGGCCAAUGCACAUUUUUGAAAAUUCAAGUUGAAGAUUUUCAUCUACUCUGGGCAAGGCUGAAUUGUUUACAAAUCAAAAUAAGAGUUGAUGUAGUGCCUUGAAUUUACAUUGCCUUUUUCAGAUUUUUACUUCAACUUACAUCUCAUAAUUGUAAUUUAAAAAUAUAUUUGAAAUUACUUUCUAGCACUAGUCUCUACAUACUACUGAACAAUGCACUUA